AGCAGCGUUCACACUACCAGCCGGCAGCUAAAUAGUUUAUAACUUUUUCCGCCUAUGGCCUGAAUCCACUCGAACCACUGAAACUUUAAAUCUAGGCUGCCCCAAAUGGUGAAUAUAUCCACCAUUAACUGGCUCUUCGUCUGCGGCCUAUCCUUCUGCAUUGGCGGGAUUGCCGUGCUCAGCUUGAUGCCACUGGGUUCGGACUGCGUAUGCCCGCUUUCCAACCCACUGGCCAAGUUGGCAGGUGCCGUAUCAGGAGGAAUUGCAGUACAGAAAGAGCCCUCCGCGGAGAAAAGUCACCAUGACCACACCGGCUCUGUUCACAAGAUGGCACUACUCGUUCCGUUCCGAGAUCGAUUCGAGGAACUCCUCCAGUUCGUGCCGCACAUGACAACCUUUUUGCGACGUCAAGGUGUCGUUCACCACAUCUUUGUGCUGAACCAGGUGGACCGGUUCCGCUUUAACCGCGCUUCCCUUAUCAACGUGGGCUUUCAGUUUGCCAGCGAGGUGUACGACUAUAUAGCCAUGCACGAUGUGGAUCUGUUACCCUUAAACGACGAUCUGCAUUAUGAGUAUCCUAGUAGUCUGGGUCCGCUGCACAUCGCCGGACCAAAGCUUCACCCCAAGUACCAUUACGAUAACUUUGUUGGUGGAAUCUUACUGGUGCGGCGGGAGCACUUUCAGAAAAUGAACGGCAUGUCCAACCAAUACUGGGGCUGGGGAUUAGAGGACGACGAGUUCUUUGUGCGCAUCCGGGAUGCAGGGCUCCAGGUGACGCGGCCACAAAACAUUAAGACUGGCACAAAUGACACAUUUAGCCAUAUCCACAAUCGCCAUCAUCGCAAGCGCGACACACAGAAGUGCUUCAACCAGAAGGAGAUGACCCGUAAAAGAGACCACAAAACGGGUCUGGACAACGUGAAGUAUAAAAUACUCAAGGUGCACGAAAUGGUCAUCGACAAGGUGCCGGUGACCAUUCUAAACAUUUUGCUCGAUUGUGAUGUUAAUAAAACGCCGUGGUGCGACUGCUCCGGAACGGCAGCGGCCGCCUCAGCGGUGCAAACCUGAUAGGUUGUGUUAAACCAAA